GUUUAAUCGUCCUUUCCUGUUCGAGCCUAUAUUGAUGCUGCAAUUGAGCAUUAGCUACUGAGCAAAGAAUGAGCCGCCUCGAGCUCUGGCAAUCAUGCUACCUGUUGUUCCCCUUACUGGUCUUGUGCCACCUGUACAUUUCCCCAUAUACCAAAGUCGAGGAAUCCUUCAAUAUUCAAGCCGUCCACGACAUCCUCCAAUAUGGUGUGCCCACCCAGAACUCGAAUCUCAGAUUCAAGGCCCUGUAUGACCAUAUGACCUUUCCUGGCGCCGUGCCCCGGACGUUCAUCGGUGCCGUGGUCCUGGCAGCUGUAGCGAAGCCGGUUGUGUGGCUUGGAAAUCUCGAUGGCGCACAGCAACAGUUACUUGUCCGCUCUAUCCUCGGCCUCUUCAAUGCGGCUGCGCUCAUCUACUAUGCAUCAGGGGUGAGGCGAGCAUAUGGGAAAACUGCCGCGGCGUGGUACACCAUUCACCAAGCGAGUCAGUUUCACGUCUGGUAUUACUCGUCGCGGACCCUGCCCAAUAUGUUCGCUUUUGGGAUGAGCACAUUUGCGCUCUCGCUCCUCCUCCCCGUCACGCCGUCAACUACAGAAUCACUCGUCAAACGUAACAAACUCGCGCUGUACCUCCUCACCCUGGCCGCCGUCAUUUUCCGCUCUGAGCUUGGCCUUCUUCUGGGCUGCCAGUGCCUCUACAUGCUUCUUCGCCCGGGGCUCAAGAUCUCGGCGGCUCUCUCCCUGAUCCGCAGGGUCUUGGUGCCUGCCAUCCUCACCGCGGCCGUCACAGGUCUUUUAUUGACCGUCUCUGUCGACACCUUCUUCUGGCAGUCGCCGAACCCCCUCUGGCCCGAGCUCGUGGCGUUCUUGUCCAAUGUCUUCCCACAGAAGGACAGCCUCGGUGCCUCUGCCUGGGGCACGAGUCCCUGGUAUUGGUACUUUACCAACGCCCUGCCGCGGCUGCUGAUGAAUCCCUUCGUGUUGGGCCUGAUCCCUAUCGGCUUCACCUACCGCAGUAUCGCAACCUCGAAUCUGGACCUCAUAGCUCCCUCGCUGGGCUACGUGUGCUUAUACUCCUGCCUUGCGCACAAAGAGACACGCUUCCUCUUCCCUGUCGUGCCUCCCUUGACAGCAGCGGUUGCCAGAGUCGCAGCGUACAUCUACACUCAGAGCGGCCGCUAUCCGAUCUACUACAUCUUCACACUCUUCAUAGUCCUGACCACAACCUGCACCGCCCUUGUCUCUCACCUGUUCCUCCUCCCGCUAUCCGCGCAGACCUACCCCGGCGCUCACGCGCUAUCGGCCCUGCACUCCGUUUCCCUCAACUACCCACCCCGACCCACCGUGCGCGUCCACCUGACAAACCUCGCGUUACAGACGGGCGUGACGCAUUUCCUCUCCACGCCCUCCUUCACCAACUCGUCAGGCCACGGCAGGCCCGUCUUCUACCUGCCUGGCUCGCCCUCCGGGGACAAGCCGCCCUUGGUGUCCACCCAGCGCACGAGGUGGGUCUACGACAAAUCGGACAAUGAGACGGAAUUCCUCUCCCCCAUGUUCUGGGCGCAGUUUGACUACGUCGUCGUCGAGGAUCCGGGUCGGGUCAUUGGGCGGUGGGACGUCGUGGACAAAGUGCCUUCGCUGGGACCCCCGCAGGUCCUGACACCGGACGUCGGGAGGGGAUUGCUUGUGCUGGGGGACAAGGAGGAGAGGAGAGAAGUUGACGGGCUCUCCAGGCUUGUGGAAGCGAUUUAUGGGAAGAAGAUGAAAAUGUUGUACGGAGUCGUGCACGAUGUGCUCAGGGAAGGGUAUGGAUUGCAGCAUGUGCUGGGAAAGCGAGGAAGUUGGACGAAAGGGUGGUGGGUGCACUGGGGGCUGGAGAACCGGUUAUAUAUUCUGAAGAGGGCGUAGGGCGGCAUUAUGCCACGAAGACGGAGAUGAAAUCUCUUCAAUUUCCC